UCUCUGCCUUGUGUCUGUGAGUUCCCAUUUCAGCCAGCCCAGCCUGCGCCUCUCGCUCUUGAGUCUCUCCAGCAAUGAUGCAAACCUCCAAGCAAACUACAUACUCUGUGCACACCUCGUCCGGUGGCAAAGGCUCUGUGUACAGGGCCCCCACCAUCCACGGUGGGGCCGGCGGGAACCGUGUCAGCAUAUCAUCCAGCAUGCGCGGUGGGCUGGGAGCGGGAAUGGGCCAAAUGGCAGGGGGCUUCUCCAGCAGCAUCCAAGUGUCCUCCAGCGGGGGCAACAUUACGGGCAACGAGAAGUUCGCCAUGCAGAACCUCAACGACCGUUUGGCCAACUACCUCGAAACUGUCAGGACCCUGGAGCAGGCCAACCAGAAGCUGGAGAUUAAGAUCAAGGAGGCCAUGGCCAAGAGCGGACCCGACUUCAGAGACUACAGCAAGUACCAGGCCAUACUGGAUGACCUGAGGAGGAAGGUGUUUGAUGCCACCAUGGACAAUGCCCGCCUGGUCCUAAGCAUUGACAAUGCUCGCCUGGCAGCCGACGACUUCAGAGUGAAAUUCGAGUCAGAGCUGGCUAUCCGCCAAUCCGUGGAAGCCGAUAUUGUUGGUCUGAGGAAGGUGAUUGAUGACACCAACAUGAGCCGAAUGAACCUUGAGAGUGAGAUCGAAACCCUGAAGGAGGAGCUCAUUCACCUCAAGAAGAACCACGACAAUGAAGUACUACUGCUUCGUAGCCAGAUCGCCCAGUCAGGAGUCCACGUAGAUGUUGACGCUCCUAAAGGACAGGACCUCGCUCAAAUAAUGGCAGAGAUAAGAGCUAAGUAUGAGAAGAUGGCACAGAAGAACCAAGAUGAACUGAAAGCAUGGCAUGAAUCUCAGAUGACAGAAGUGCAGACCCAGGUCACUGUGAACACAGAGGCCCUGAAAAAUUCCCAGACAGAAUUGAAUGACCUACGCAGACAGCUUCAAACCUUGGAGAUCGAGCUCGAGUCCCAAAGGAGCUUGAAAGCAUCCCUGGAAGGCACGCUGAGGGAUGUGGAGAUGCGCUUCAACAUGGAGAUUGAGUCCCUCAACAGCAUCAUCCUGAGCCUGGAGGCUGAACUGACACAGCUUCGUAACAACAUCCAGUUGCAGACCCAGGACUAUGAAAGCCUGCUCAACAUGAAGAUGAAGCUGGAGGCCGAAAUUGCAACUUACAGACGGCUACUCGAUGGAGGAGACUUCAAGCUUCAGGAUGCGCUGGAAGAUCAGAAAUCAGUGAAGACCAAGGUCAUGACUGUGACACAGACCCUGGUGGAUGGCAAGGUUGUGUCCUCCAGCACAGAGACCAAGAACCUCUGAAGACCAGAGGCACUCAUAAAACCUUUGCGGCAACAAUAAUAACAAUAAACGCAAUUUGGCCGAAGCUGAUCUUUUGCUCCAAUUGGCUAAUUUCUUAGUUAAACUAACCCUUAAACUCUAAUACCACUGCAGUGAUUAACUUCAUAUGCUUUGUCCAACUCUCCACGCACAGGCUGAUUAAUUGGAAAACUAGACCAGAAGAAAACAAUAUCAUCUAUUAUUUAUUUCAUCAUAGGCAUUCUGCUAUUUAUGUUUGUAUGCUGGCCUGCAGAUGUCUGCUCACAUUAGGAGGUGAGCUGAGGGAUGUUUUAAAAGAAAGUAAUACAAGGGCCAUUUUAUUACAAGUCAUCACUUUUUUGACAUCCUUUUUUUCUGUCUAGUUAACUUGCUCUGUCUGUUGUGCUGUGAGGUUCAGACAAUAAAGUUCAUUCCAGGGA